UUGAUUUUCCCCCACUGGUAUUAGUGACUGAUGUAAGUAACAUGGCGGUAUGUUUCCCUGAUGCUGAUGGGUAAAGUUUGCUUAAUUUUUAUGCCGAAUCUCGUCUGCUGAUUGUUUACACCUGCUAAAUCAAACACAUCCGUUAAAAACAACCCAAAGCCCCAACAAUGAGUAAAGCCGACUUCUCCGAAAACGAGGACGACCCUCCAGUGUACGAAAGUUCGGGCUCCGAGUGGAACUCUGAAUCGGAACUAGAACCAGUACGCAAAACCACCCGUCGAACAUCGUCUAGAGUAAGCAAAAAACCCCGACUGAAGUCCGAAUCGAGCAGCGAAAGCGACUACGAAGAACCCAAGCCGCGGAAACGGAACGGCGUGAACAAGAAGCAAAAAGUUAACUCGGAUUCGUCGUCGACGCCGGAACCGACGAAGACGUCGACGAAAACAAUAAAUUCUAAAGACUAUUCGACUGGGUCGUUUUUGAUUUUGAAAAAAGAUGCGCAAGUAGGGGAUCCUAAGAAGCAUCCGUGUAUUUGGCGAGUGGACGGGAAGGCGCUGCUGCAGAAGUACGAACCGUUCGAGGAGGAGGGGAAAAUUAGGCACAAGACGACGUCGAUUUAUACAGGAUGGUCGGCUUUAGACAGGGAUUUGUAUGCGCCUGUGACUGUUACGGUUAAACAACAUAACAACCAUACGUUGAUCGUUGAUCUGAAUUGGGAGAAACUGAAAGAGAUCAACAUGGAUAGUGAUUAACGCUAGAGUUUUUUUUGAUAUUUUGUUAUUCAUGUUAGAUUAUUCCCGAUGUUAUUUUUGUAAGAAAUUUAAUCUACUUUUAGGUAUAAAUUUGAUUGUCUUUUUUAUGUUUGAGUUGUACUGAUUUUUGACUUUAAUUUUUUUUUUUUUGAUAACCCACCAUUUGAGAAAAUGUGUUGGUCUUUCUUCAUUAUUUGACCCCUAAGUUAUAAUAAAUGGUUAAUCAGUAUUGCAAAUGUAACUUUUUAUGCAGUGCAGUCACAGUUUUCUACAACAUGUGCUAUGUACUGUAAUUCUAAAUGAAGACAGUUUGGGCGUUUUGGCAUUUACUUUUUCUGUUAUUUAUGGAAAUUUCGUAUUUUUUAACUCGUAUUAAUAUAAAAUUUUCGCUGCUUUA